AUGAAUCCAAGCAUCGCCUCCUUCCGCCUCGCUCUCCAAGGCACCUUAAGAGGCCUCCAAGCACGGAUCCAGAUCCAAACUCCACUCGCCCGUACCGUGGUACUCCGCGACCCACUCAGACAGACCAGGGCCCCGUCAUAUUCACUCAUGUUCUCGACUAAAUCGAUGUCCUCGAACAAGAUGUAUACCAAGACCAAGCCCAAGUCAAACCCAGAAGAGUCCGCCUCGGAUCCAUUGCAGACCUCAUCCGUGAGCCUCGAGUCUCUCGGCAUCGGAAAGAACAUGAAACUGUUGCUACUUGCUAUUCUCUGUGUGUUUGGCACAAUCGAGACUUGGUUCUGGUGCAAAGCUACUUGGAUUUGGUGGAAACGAGGGCAAGAAGUUAAUAAAGAAGCGAAAUAA